AUGCCGUUAAUCGUAUUGACCGGAUUCCCGAGCAGUGGCAAAACAACAAGAGCAAAGCAAAUCGAGCAGUACAUGCUCCAGCGCCUUCAGGCCGAAGAGCGGUCCAUGCGCAUUCACAUAAUCAAUGACGAUUCGCUCAAUGUCAGCAAAGAUGCAUAUCGAGGUUUCCGAUACCAGCUGUACUGCGUUGCGCGCGCCAUUAGCACGUCUCACUGCGUGGUACACGCAGGCACACCGAUUGCUAUGGCAAAAGAAUGGAACACGAAACGAGAAUCGGCAGAGGCAUAUGACUCGACUGUAUUUGAUGAACUAGUGACACGCUACGAAGAGCCAGACUCAAAGAAUCGGUGGGACUCGCCACUCUUCACAGUCAUUUACGAUGACGAAAGUGCUCCUGGCGAUAAAAUCUGGGAUGCGGUCAUUUUGCGUAAACCGCCACCACCGAACAUGUCAACUAUUUCCAAACCCGUAUCAGAUACGAGCUACGUGUAUAAGCUCGACAAAGUGACGCUUGAGAUCAUCAAUGCCGUGACCGAAGGCCAAAAGGAAUUCGGUGCCGGUGGUCUGCCCAUGGUUGUCCCGCAUGCCUCGGCCAAGGUGAUCAAUCCCUCACGCUCAGUGACCUUAUCAGAACUACGGCGUCUGCGCAAGCAGUUUGUGUCCAUCAACAAGAUGCGCACUACGCUGGACACUGAUCGUCUAGGCGAUCUUUUUGUUGACUACCUCAAUACAAACUUGGAAUAG